CUCCCUCUCCUCUCCGCACUGGAAUCCCCUCUUUUUUUAUGAGGAGUUUCACACUUGCGCUAUCACUGAGCCCUAUGACUGUGCGAAAAGGAAAACGCUUAGGCAUCUCCAUCCAGGAGCACAUGGCCAUCGACGUGUGCCCGGGCCCCAUCCGCCCCAUCCGUCAAAUCUCUGCUUACUUCCCUCGUCUCUCACCCACUUCUUCCUUCUCUGAGCCGCUCUCGCCCAAUCAGGUGGCAGCUCCCACCACACUCAGCCCUGGCACUGCAGGUCAAGGGGAAGGGGCAGUUGGAGGGGGAGGCGGCAAAGGGAGCAGCGGCCUGUUGUCACCGUUAUUAACAGGGGGGGCAGGUGGAGGUGGCUCACUGUCGGCCAUGAGCAGCAUGGACACCUCCAUUGAGAUCGACAGCUGUGACAGCGAUGAUAACACCUCCCUGGGAACAUUAGCGUUUGACCUACUGUAUGAGAAAGCCACCAGCUCCUUACACUGCACAGUCCUGAGAGCAAAGGGUCUGAAACCGAUGGAUUUCAACGGUUUGGCUGAUCCUUACGUCAAGCUGCAUCUUCUGCCAGGAGCUUGCAAGGCCAAUAAACUGAAAACCAAGACUGUUCGCAACACGCUGAACCCUGUGUGGAACGAGACACUCACUUACUGUGGAAUCACUGAGGAAGACAUGUAUCGCAAAACACUCCGGGUGUCCGUGUGCGACGAAGACAAGCUGACACAUAAUGAGUUCAUUGGGGAGUCGCGGGUGGCCCUGCGCCGUGUGAAGCCUGACCAGACCAAACACUUUAACAUCUGUCUGGAGCAUCCGCCUCCUCUGGCAUCACCAACUGCGAUGAGCACAGCCCUGAGAGGAAUCUCCUGCUACCUGAGAGAGUGGGAGACAGAGCAGCAGAGAAGUCUAGAAGAGCGAGGCCGUUUGCUGCUCUGCCUGCAGUUCCUCCCUCCGGCCAGUGAUAGCGAUGUGAAGGGCGAGGCCAAGGAGAGGGCUCGUGGUGGGCUGUGUGUGGGUGUAAAACGCUGUGCCCACCUGGCAGCCAUGGAUGUCAACGGCUACUCAGACCCCUACGUUAAAACGUAUCUCAAGCCAGAUGUUCACAAGAAGUCCAAGCACAAAACAGCAGUGAUAAAAAAGACUCUCAACCCAGAGUUUAAUGAGGAGUUCUUCUAUGAAAUCUCCUUCUCAGAGUUAGCCACCAAGACGCUGGAGGUCACGGUGUGGGACUACGACCUAGGAAAGUCCAAUGACUUCAUAGGGGGUGUGUCCUUAGGGUGUCACUCACAGGGAGAGACUCUGCAGCACUGGAUAGACUGUCUGAAGAACAAGGGCAAGAAGGUGGAGCGCUGGCACACGCUGACCAACGAGCUGCCUGGAUCCACACUGCAGGAAUGA